AAUGAUAAAAAAUCUUCAUUUUUUUUCAAAAAAAUUCUCAAAAGUUUGUCAAUUUUUGCUCUUUUGAAGUACUUUUUCAUCAUUUUCUAACCUAAAACGAUGUGAAAAUUCGAUAGUAAUGGUUCACUAGUGACAAACGUUGAAAAUCUGAUCUAAAAAAGCCAGUUAUUAUUAAAUAAAUUUUAUCGUAAAAGUGAUGAAAUAUUACCAAUGUCUAGUCAUCUCGAACUUACCGUUGCUAUUAUAAAACCUCAUGCCAUCAAAGUUCCUCGUAUUCUCAAAGGGAUCCAAGAUAUCAUUCUGGCCAAUGGAUUCUACGUAGUUAAAUCCAAGCAUGAACGAAUGACUAAUCCCAUAGCUGAAUUAUUUUACGACGAGCAUAAAAAUAAAUUCUUCUACGGACGUCUAAUUACUCUAAUGACAAGCGGACCAUCUCAAAUGUUAAUUUUAGGUAAACAUAACGCCAUAUUGAGCUGGAGAGAGAUAAUGGGACCUACUAAAGUAGCUAGAGCUCAACUUACGCAUCCUGAUACGAUCAGGGGAAAAUAUGGUCUUACUGAUACUAGAAAUGCUACUCAUGGAUCAGAUUCGACGGAAUCGACUGAAAGAGAAAUGUCCAUAUUGUUCCCAAAAUUCGAUUUUAAAGCUUGGUAUCGAGAAGAUGAGCCUCAUUUUCGCAACGCUAAUGUCCAUUUGGAUAAGGAGAAUUUCGAACAUCGGAUUAAUUCGAAGGUGGAAUGAGAUCGAGGUUUAUGUGUGGUGAAGUUGAUUUAUUUUUUGCUUGUGUUAGUGGAACUUAUAAGAAUGAGUGUGAUAAAUUAUUGUAAUUUACCAGUUUUGCUUUUGAAUAUUUUGAGAAAAAUGAUAUAUUUAGUUUGAGAAAUGGAAAUUGCAAAUGUAGUAAUCAGUCAAUAGACUUGAAAAUGAUCUAUUGGAGUAUUUUUUUUAUACCUUUUUAGAUCAGUUGGAAUCUUGUUGUGUUAUUUUUUUAAAAAAUAUAUCCUUGUGAUAAACCUAUUCAGAUGAUAUCAGUUUGUUGAAGAAUUUAAAUCAAAUACAGUACUUAUACUUGUAA